AUGAUUUUUUUGAUUUUAUUCUCACUCACAUCAGCUGCUAGCUUGUCUUGAACUGACCCAUCAUCAUCAGCAGUAUAUUCUUAUGACUCUUUGCAGCGCCCUUAUGACCAGCCAUGAAAAGUAAAUUCAGGUGACGCUGCCUCAAUCUACACUGUUUAUGUUUUUAAUUUUGGACAGAAUGUUCCUCAGCUUUGUGGAGCCCAAGACGUUGCGGCUGUAGAAGUUGUGCAAAUGUAUGAUGAUUUAUUUGAAUCUUGCGAUGUAUUAGGAAGAAAAGAAAUGAUUGCUUAUGACCUUAUUAAAUCAGACCUCCCUGAAGCUGGCUUUAAGAUAUAUUUAUUGCAAUAAUUAUGAGCUUCUCCCUAAUAGAUUAUAGCCCAGGAUGACUUUAGCUCGCCUUGGGCAAGCAAUUUUCCCUCAAACUAGUGGAGUUGGCUUAAGGCAAAUGUUGGUAAGCCAACUCUACAAGUUUGCAGGUGAGCAUGCACUGCUAUUUGUCAAAUCGUUGAGUUGGCUUGGCAACUUGUAAUCAAAAAUCAAUUCCACUAGCUGGAGGGAAAAUUGCUAUCCUAGGGCAAGCUAAAGCUGUUCUGGGCUUUAUUAUCCAUUUUUAAUAAAAAAUAAGGAAUUAAUUAUAAAAGCCAGGCUUAAUUAAUCUUGAGAGAUUAACUUAUCAGGGAGGAGAUCUUUGUUAUGAUGGCUUUGAUUUAAAUCGACAAAUCACUUUUAAAUUGCAUUGCAGCGAUGUUGAUAGCGACUGGGAAGUUGUCGAAGAAUCUGGAAGUGGAUCUUGCCAUGUAUUUUUGUCUAAAAACACACCUUUUGGCUGCCCUAUUUCUGGUGGGAGUAGUGGACAUAUAGGAUGGUGGUGGCUUAUCGGCAUCUGCGCAUUAUUUUGGCUUUACUUUGCAGGAGGAAUGGCUAUAAAUUUUUUAAGAGGAAAAACAGGUGAUGAUAUGAUCCCUCAUUAUGCUUUUUGGGUCUCGAUUUCUAAUCGUUUGCAAGAAUUUGUAGGCCUAGCUACAACUAAAGCAAAAUCAGGGAUAGAGGCAGUUAAAGAAAAAAUAGCAAAGCGGAAUACUAACUAUGAAAUGGUCUAA